AUGGAAUCAAAUCUUGUCACGCUUUGUACGUUUCUACGAAGUGAAUUUGGACAGAACCCACCAGUUUAUGCUAAACCCAUAACAAAAACAUCGAGCUCACUUCAACCACCCACUAAUGGAGGUCAGAACACUUUAAAGUCACCAAUUAUUCAUCCCCGCUCUUUAAAUCCAAUAACACCACCUCCUUUACCACCUCCGCCACCUUAUCAGCAAAAUGCAUAUAAAAAAGAUAAUAUACCGAGGAAUAAUAGUGGAAGACCAACACAAACACCACCUUUUUCUCAGCAACAAGUUGGUUCAGUUCCGAUAUCUGCCUCUUUCGGAGAUUCUAUACUUGACGCGCCACCUACACCUUGCAUCGUUCCGCCGGCACCAUUACCAAUGACACAGAAUCCAGAGUUAGUAAAAUUACAAUCAGUUGUAUAUGAUAAAGUUAAACAGGAUUGUGGAGAGUACGUUCAAAAACUUUCACCAGAGUUCCACAAAUUGAUGGUUAUCGGGGAUCUUCUUAGUCAAUCCCAAGAGCGCGUUAAUAUGGAGCGCGCUAAUUUACUUGCUCGGGAAAGUAAAAUCGGGGAAGAAUCAGAUUAUAUCAAAUCAAAAAUUGUAGAGAUAGAUGGCCUAGUUGAAAAAGCAAAGAAUAUGGCUGAAGCUUCGGUUGACGAAGUUUUAUGUGGAACAACCAUAGUUUACAAUCAGUAA